AUCGAACGUAUGCGUAAAUAGUAGAGAUUCCAACAAACCUCGCUGUGCGUAAAAGUGAUGACAUUGGUGCUCGAAUUUUAAUUGAUCGAACCCGUUUGUGGAGCCCCGGAGUUAAAUAUAGCGGGUGUUGGCUUAGUGUAGCGUGCUGUCACUAUUACAACCACCAUCAUCACAGCUGAAAACCAUUCAACAGGUGCGGAUCUUCCCGGAGCUGCUGGUAUACGGACUAAAGUGAACGCUAAAUUUUCGGCAGAAUUAAUUUAUGCAGUCAGUUGCCAGUGGAUCAGUGUGUGCUGCAGACGAGCUUGUCUGUGAACGGAACGGCCAACGAACACGCCGAAGCACGGUUUGGUUCAGUUAUUUUACGCAGAGAGUGGUCAAAUGUGAACAUAUUUCUACGAUUAUGUCAGGAUUACAGCGACACGGUUGAAAAGUGGUUGUAAAGGUUCGAAUUUAAAACACCGGAAAAUAAACCCGUACGUAGCAAGUCGAAUAGAAGUUAUCUCAAAGGUCGGUGUACAGCGAAGUGAUUCACUACUGAAUCAUCUGCAGGAUCAAAGGCUAUCGUCGUAAAAACAACAACAUUUGGUUGUGAGCUGAUCGACUCCCCAUACGCGUGAUAUUCGAUUUUCCACUUUCCACGUCGAAGCGGAAACUUAUAAGCAGUUUAUGUUGAGCUGGAACACUUCGCCACUAGUCGUGGUUAGUGUAGAAGAAAAAGAAGCAACAGAAAAAUUAUCCGCGGCCCGAAGCUAUUAGAUUAUUUUAUUUCCUCGGAGACCAUCUCGUUACUCGAACCCACCGUCGCCAGCCCAGAACAUCGCCUGGUGUCAACGAUUCGCCUCAUCAUCGCCGUCACCAUCGACAUCACACCACGGACGUUUGGAGAAAUUAGAAGAAAUGGAUCAACGCUGUCCAAACAUUUGCUGAGCCACUCCCCGGUGGAGUGAUAACCCGUAGUACCGCUACCUGUGAUGCUUUGAGGUGGCGUCCACCGCAACCUGCCAAUUUGUGUGUUCACAGUUCCAUACCCGCCCAUUGAAGUGAAACGAAGGGUGUGUAUUUUUCCCACGCGCUGUUCUGUGAUUUGUGAUUGAAAAGGACACACACACGCUAUUGUGUGUGAAUUUUAGUGGAAAGUAAAAGCGAAACCACUGCACUGCGCUGUCAUCAUCGCCGGAGUCAACUUGUAAUCGGCUGUGUAAACUAAUACAAGAUGGGAGCGCCACCUGUCAAGAAGCCAUUAGUUAACCGAAACCUCAUAUCGCUCAAGGUUGUUCUGUUCUUGUUCUAUGCCGGUCUAGGAUGUCUUCAUCCGUAUCUCCAAAAACACAUGACCCUAACCGGGCUCAACUACAAAGAGUCACAGAUCAUUUCUAUAGUGGCUCCGCUGAUUGCCAUACUAGGUCCACUGAUAUUUGCACCACUGGCAGAUCGACUAGCCGGAACCAACGGUCCAUCGUACGGCAAACGCUUACGCUUGAUGGCUUCCUUCUGUAUGAUCUUCUCCGCUAUCCUGUACGCGAUCCUGUUCUUCGCUGUUCCUCCAGUUGAACGUCACGAAUCCAGCCGCUCACAGGUUAGCUUCGCAUGUGAUCUGGAUGGAGCCAUUAUCUUCCAGCAGCGCUGCUCUGAAGAACGAACCUGCUAUCAAUGGAAGCGUGAGAAGAUUGGUCACCUAACGCUCACAAACUGCUCAUACACCUGCCAGAAACCGGUCGAAUUCGAGAACCUAAACCAUCCGUACACCAAAGGUGUAACGAUUGCACCCUCGACGGAAAGCUCCAUCGAGGACGACGAAUACGAUCUGAUAGAUGACGAUACGGACAUUGCGCCGGCCAAUCUGGAAAUACCCCGACCAGAGGUGGACAACACUCCCAUUCCGGUGCCACAUAUCUGCGAGCGACAUGGCGGACCGGAAAACGAAAUCUGCCAUGCCUAUACGAAAGCCACCGAAUCACUGAAAUUCGAGACUGUAUUAAGGAGUGCGGUUAACGAAGAAAACGAAACGCACAGUGCCGAAUGGUGCCGCUACCCGUUAGACGGUUUCUCGUGUAAUAUUCCGGAGAAGCAGGUCAUCUGGAUGAAAUUGCUAAUCAAUUCGUCCAAUUGUACCCCGAAGAUCGAGUGCGAAGUUCAUAACCCGUACGACAAUGAGGAAAGUGUGCUGGCUGAGAGUGUUUGCAUGAAAAUCGUUGGAGACCCGGAAACCACCUUUUGGUCGUAUUUACUACUUCGCUCCUUUGCGGAUGCUUUUCCGUUGGCAGUUAUUGUCCUGCUGAAUGCUGCAACGAUUAUUGCCACUAGAGAGACCUCAACUGGACGGGGUGACUUUGGCCGGCAGAUUGUCUGGGGUGCCAUCGGAUGGGCCCUCUUCUAUUUUGUUCUUUCUUGGGUAUUUGAAACCUACUACGUUUACAUUGCAUUGGUGGCUUUGGCCGCUAUUGUUUUACUAUGCUCUUCCGGAAUGCCUCUUUCUCCUCCGGAAAUGUGGUGGCACACAAAAUGCGGAAUGGUAGCCGUUCCUAUGUCUGCAAUCCGACGCUACGUCCCGGAAGCUGCUGGAUUGUGCUUUGUUACACUAAUCUUGGGAACGUUUUGGAGUGUCUUAGAUAACUAUGAGGGAGUCUUCGUGAAAAACUUUGAUGUUCUCCCAUACUCUGAAGAAUACUACGGAACGACGUGGAGUGUGUUUGUUAUUUUGGGUGCUAUCCUGGUCAUUCCUAUUUUGUGGUACGCCGAGCACAUCGUGGAUUACUGUGGCCAUUCAAACAUCUUAAUCGCCGCUAUUACGACCUUUAUCUUCCGAUUUUCUUUACUUGCUUGUCUAGAUGUCACUUGGUGGCGUGUGGUUAUAGACUUUCUAUAUGCAGUUACCCUUGGAUUGACCUGGCUCACGAUCGUGUUUUAUAUGCGUCACAUAAUUCCUCGACGUAUUAUUACCACGGGCCAAGCUCUUCCCGUUAUUUUCCAUUUUUGUCUAGGUCGAUUCAUUGGUGCACUGAUUGGAACAUGGAUAAAGUUAGACUGUCUGAUCGUUACUUUCCAAGCUUUAGCCAUCACUGCCUGUGUCGUAGCAGUAGUUUACUUCCUAUUGUACCACCUAGUCCUGGCUCCUCGCUGUGCCGCCCGACUCAAUACUGUGCCAUCCUCGUCUGCACUGAACAUUACUGCUCCGGAAGCCAAUGGCCGUCAAACAGCACCUCAGACACAACCAUUGCAAUCUUCCAACGGAAAUUAUCAACCCCUCCGAAUUUAUCACAACUACCGCGGCAGGAAAGGUCACUUUAGAUACUAAACGCCAGCUAAGACACCGUUGAGCGAUAUAAUAUUUUUCAAUUAGAACGCGAAAAAGCGAUUAUUCGUGUAAAAAUAUAGUAGCUCCCAAAAUUGGUACCAAAAUAUACUCGAACUAUCAGUGAAGCAGUUCGAAAUGUAGAUUAUUUAUUUUAGAUUUUUUAUGUCUUUUUUAGAGCGAGCUAAUUCAGACAAAGUGUAGCUUUUAGGUUCGUUGAAUAUUGAUUGUAUUAUUUUCUAUUGAUGAUUUAUCAGUGUCAAAAAUAUUUUUAAGUUACAGUGCAGAAUGCUUUUAGGAAAGAAACUAAACUCUCCAUUAAACUGGUAUUGUGCAGUGAAUAUCUAUAGAGUUACUGAGUAUUUUACGCUUAAAUUCUACCUACUAAUAAAAAAGGUAAGCUUCCUAUGAAGACUUACGGUUGUUGAAUGACUGUCAAUAAAACUCAAAACAAAAAAUAUCAGAAGUCGUACAGGAUAAAGCGCUAAAAGCAAAUAUCUGUAUCGAAUCAAUACGAUUGAAGAGCCUGUUUCAAUUAAACCGUUUGAACUAUAUACUUAAAGCAUAAGUGUACCUUAGCAUAAGGCACGGAAAGCAAGCUUUAAAGCUGACUACUACCAAUAAAAUCGCCGGAAAUAUUCACUUAUACUAUUCGCAAUACUAGUGAAAUGCUUUAACCGACAGCACAAAUUAUAGGAAUCAGUUUAGUUUUUACUCCAUACAUCAUAGUACCGGUCUCUCAUAAUGGUCACUAUGUGCAUGAAAACCACCCAAGCCUUGACAAAUGUCUUUCAACCUCAAAAUCAUUUGCCGCAGCAAACAAACGUACACCUGCAAUUUUAAUAUCGAUGCACACACAAAUAUUUUUGAACUAGCCUCAAUAAUCGAUCAAAACAAUCAAUACUCUUAAAAAUAGCUACCGGUAUACGACGGAUUACUGUACGGUACGAUAAAUGCAUUCACAGAAAUUUUUUCGAAUAUUUCUAACAACAUGUAAAUUCGCAUUGCUUUCCUCACUACAAAGUGCAAACAAACGUUAAUAUUUAUAGGUAUGCAAUCGAAAUCAAAUUAUAAGCUGAAGCU